AUGGCUUCCUACUUCCCUCGUCCGAGCUUUGUCGCCAUCGUCGUCGUUUUCGUUUUGCCGCUUAUGAUGCCCGGGAUCACAACUAGACCGGUGCUCGCCAUCUUUCGACCGAGCCCUUGGAAGAUUGCUCAUGCCACCUUUUAUGGCGACGAGACAGCAUCUGAAACAAUGGGAGGAGCUUGUGGAUAUGGAAACCUCUUCACGAACGGCUAUGGCAUCGACACGGUGGCUUUAAGCUCAACGCUUUUCAACAAUGGCUACGCUUGUGGAACUUGCUUUCAAAUCAAAUGCAUGCAAUCCAAAGCUUGUUACGCUAACGUUGCGUUCACAACGGUGACGGCCACCAAUCUCUGUCCCCCUAAUUGGUCUAAACCAUCCGACAACGGUGGCUGGUGCAACCCUCCCAGGGUUCACUUUGACAUGUCGAAACCCGCUUUUAUGAAGAUCGCCAACUGGAAGGCCGGGAUCGUCCCCGUUGCGUACCGUCGUGUUCCAUGCAUAAAAAAAGAUGGCAUUCGGUUCACACUCCAAGGAAAUGGGUACUGGCUUUUGGCGUACGUGAUGAAUGUCGGGGGCGGAGGUGACGUGUCCGGGAUGUGGGUGAAAGGAAGCAAGACAGGGUGGAUUAGAAUGAGCCAUAAUUGGGGAGCUUCAUAUCAAGCAUUUUCCGCGUUGGUUGGACAAUCCCUGUCUUUUAUAGUCACCUCGUACACCACCAAAGAGACCAUCACGGCUUGGAAUGUUGCUCCUUCUAAUUGGAAGUUUGGUGCGACCUACAAAGCUAACGUCAACUUCCGUUGA